AAAAGCGGCGGUUGCUCCUCGAGCACCUUUUAUAGUGAAUCAAAAGCAUUUAAUUCUUUAUCGCAGUUGUCCAGCACAAUAUUACAACUAGGAUCCUGGUGUUUGUCUGUGAAGCUGUACGCUCCUUUACUGCACCAGGAUCAUGCAGCAUCAGCAGUGUGCAGAGGAGCGAGGCCUUCUGGGCUCACUCUGUCCUGGGCAGAAGAAGCUGGAGGGGAAGACCUUCUACUUGGACCGUCUAAAGAAACGCUCAACAGCCCUGCUUUUGGAGGCCGUUUCUCUUCUGGGAGGGAGGGUCGAGAGUUUCCUGCACAAGGACGUGUGCUUUGUCGUGACUGAAAGCCAAGAGGGCCCGAAGGAGCAGAAGUGUACCGACACUAAAGCGGAGACAAAGGGGACGAGUGAAGAAGCCCAGCGUCCUAUAAUGCAGCGAGAGUGCGUCUUCAGCAGUGACAAACGGAGACCAGGAACUCCUAGACCAACGGCUUGUGGCAGCCGUGGGAAGGCCCUGCUGGAAAAAGCCAUUCGCAACAAUGAGCGACUGCAGGGGACCAGUGUUUUGGCCAAUGCACGAUCAUGGGGAGUGAAGAUUUUGUACGUGGACGAUGUCCUUUUGUAUUUGAAGCAGUUGACUCGAGAGAGCUUCAGUGCUAUACAAAAGAGGCCGGAGAGGACUUCCACCAAGCAACAUGUUGUCAAAGCUGCAGCAUUGAGGGCUCCCUAUCUUAAAAUUGAAGACAUGAGCAGGAGACACAAGCCCUUGCAUAUGCAAUCUAUGGCCUUCCCCACUCUGUGGUACUCGGGCCGCUUUAGUCCCUUUGAAGCUCCACCUCCUCUGUUUGAUCAGCAGUCAGAGCAAGGAGAGAAUAAAACAAGGGAGAAGAAAAAAGUUGAAAGCAGCAUUCAGGACAAAUCUCAAACCGCACUCGACAGUAACCCUUCACCUUGGAGGCCACGCAAAAAGGAAGUGUCUUACUGUGAAUGCUGUCAUCAACCCUUCACUAAUCUGGAGGAGCACUUGCAGACUGAUCAGCACCGUGCUUUUGUUCUGGAUGCCUCAAACUACAGUGUGGUGGACCAACUCGUGACUGAGAUGCUGCCGGGAUUUAACCCCAAUCCAGCUCAACACUCGGAUGAAACACUGAACCGACCACCAACCCCUUUUCCCAUCGGUGAACUGGAGCCUCUCACUGAUGCGGAGACGGAGCAUGCUGUUCAGGCCUUGCAUAGACAUGGUUCAUCUUUCCAUAUUCACCUCUCCAGUCCUGCUAAGGGUCCUCGUUCAUCUGGCCCUGCCUGCCCAUCACCAGGAGUUCAGUUUCCCAUCCCAAAUCCACCAGCCACUCGACCUACUGACAUCCAGCCGUGCAGUACUAACACAGACUGCCAGCUCCCUGACAUCCAUCCUCAAGCAUUAAGUCCAGCGAUGCCUGUUUUGGAUAUUGAACCACAAGCUCACAAUGAACACUUCUCCCCAUCCCCUGACCCGUACUCCCUGCCUCCGGUCCUCAGCCCACAAGUCCCUUAUACCUCCUACAUUAUGGAGCCGCACUGCCCGUACUCGGAGCCCCCUGUCCUCAGUCCUCAACAGUACAUUGCAGAGGAGGCUGAGGAAGCACACGCUUGUGAAAUGGACACUGGAGAAAGUAUGUCUCAGUGUGUCCCUGAUCCUAUCUCCACAACACAUUUUCCCUCUGUGGCUUCGACAAAUGCAGAAGGAGUAAAGGGAUCAAAUCAAGAAAGUAUUUUGGGAUUAAGUGAGAUCAUAUGUUCCACCAAUGGUUUGGAGCGUGCGACGCUGUUGUCGCGUAGAUCUCGGUCCCUCCCUCGACAGAUGGCGGCGACGCCAAACGCCAAAAAGCGCUGUAGAUCAGCCAGCCCAGAACAUAGCCGGAGCAAAAGGAGGAGGAUUAUAGCGGAAUUUGGCUUCAGACGUAGCUGGAUUAAACAAGUGUAUACAGCUGCCAAACCAGAAAGUGACAUUAUGGCAAAACCUGAGGGCUGUUUGUUAUUUGACAAUGUCUCUUGUCAGGAAAUACAGUCCCGUCUUAACCCAAAGGUUUCCUCCACAUGCACUGUGGAAGCACUCGGUUCAAAACAGACUUUUACCACGUUUUGUGUUCCUACAGUACAGAAUUUCACUCAGGAAACAAAUCAAAGCGAUAUUUUAGGUCACGGUGGCACUUAUGUUGCUGAUCAUCCGUCACAGCCACUCUCCUCAAAAGCAAAGACUUGUGACAAAUCUCACAGUGCGUUUUCAUGUCAAGACUCUCAGCGUGCGCUGUCCCACUCCACCUCGGUGUGCAUCGAGUCAGCCCUCAUCCCAGACUUAGCCAGACUGUCUCCAUCAUCAUCAGACUCUGACUGGGACUGUGGCCUGCUGUCACGACUCGGACCUUCCCGCGCCGCUCCACCGUCACCCACCGAGCAGAGCCGCGAGCUCGACAAGGAGCUCCUCCACAUGCCGUGCACCUGGAUGCACGACACCAGCUACGAGUCCCGACUACACACCGUCCUUCAGCCGUCACCCCCAGCCGCCUCGCUGUGCGGGGAAGAAGUGGACCCUUCAGCGUUUUCCAGGACUGUGGUACAAAUUGUUGAGGUUCAGCACUGACGGUUAUUUUCUUGGUCAUUUUAAAAUACUGCAAGACCUGCUACCUGGGAGCUGUGCAAACUGCUGCAUAGCUAACAGAGAGGAAACAAUUGGCAGCGCUUAAGCUCAUCAAAAUAAGUGAAUGAAGUGUACACUGAAUAAAUAUUUAAAUCUUAGUGCAAACUAAAAUGUUAUAUUAAGCUGAUUUUAAAGGUGCUGAUUUCUAUUUUCUCUUAUUUUUUGUUGAGGUAGAUGUUACUUAGUGGAUGCAUAUUCUCAGGAAUUUGAAGAGCGUCCAUUAUCGCUUUUCCUCUCGACCCCUAAUCCUCCUCGUGCACAGAACCCUGAGCAGUAUUCCGUAUAUGUUGUGCUGACUGAAGUCUUUCAGCAGCUAUGUCCGGGAACAUAUGGCGGUAUAGAGAAUUUAAUGAGGCUUUUCUGAAAGGGGCAUUACUCAAUUACUGUAAGUGCUGUGUCUGGAUCAGAUCCCACUCGCGCCGGUGUUGAUGAGGCGUUGGUAGAGUGGAGGACUCGCGCAACCUGUGGGACAGAAAUCUCUCCGAUUAAUGUAAAAUUGCAUUUCCCACCUUUUGAAGGUUGGCCAAAGGACUUGUUUUGUCAAGGGGAGACUGCUGCUUCACGGUAUGUGUGCUGCAGCUACAGGGAGGUUCAUCGUCUUCUCUUGUUAGUGUUUGAACCUGCCAUCAAAGACUUGUCAUUGCUCAUCAUAACAGACAAAACUAAAAUGUCCAAAAUCUCACCUUCUGAAUAUCUUACAUGGACUUUUAAAACAAACAUGCAGAAUUCUUGUACAGUGUUUUUAAAUAAAUGUUUUGAACCAUAAACAUUUUCUGUUGCAUAGUUAUGAAAAAGUUGUUGCUCAGGUGAAGCAAAGUUAAGAAAAGUUGGGGUUUGCGGAGUGUAAUUUCCCCCUCCCCCCUCUUGGCUUAAAUAAGUGCUGACUCUGCGUGUAUGCUAAAGGAGAGCUGAAUGGGAAGGGAAGGAUGAGGCAAGGACAGCAGUGGGUCGAUGUGUCCUGUUUGGCUCAUCAGCCCAGCUUCCAGCUGACACAAACAAUAUUUGAUAUCUCAUCUCCGAGCCUUGUUACGUAACACUCGGCUCUCCAGAUUUGUUAAAAUGAAAGGAGCCCGUGUAUGAGUGACCCUGGCCAAAACCACCUUUAACUUUGGAGACUAUUUUUGGAAAGGAAUCUAGUUUGGUUGUGUCUAGUGAGAUGUCAUUUCCAACUGGAAGUUUAGGGUUCAAGUGAAAAACAAAGCUCAAAAUACCAAAUAUUCUGGU